AUGUGGCUGCAGCAGCGGCUGAAGGGGCUGCCGGGGCUGCUGUCGAGCAGCUGGGCCCGCCGCCUGCUCGCCCUGCUCGGCCUCCUGCUGCUGCUGCUGUGGCUCGGCGGCUCCGGCGCGCGGCGGGCGGCGGGCGGCCUGCACCUGCUGCCCUGGGCCCGCGGCCCGCCGGGCGCCGCGGAGCCCUCCGCCUGCCUGGAGGCGGCCACCCGCGCCUGGCGCGGCCUGCGGGAGCGCGGCGAGGCGGUGCCGCUGGGCCCCGGCGUGCCCGCGCUGGUGGCGAACGGCUUCCUCGCCCUGGACGUGGCCGCCAACCAGCUGUGGGUGACCCCGGCGCGGGAGCCCGCGGUCGCGCCGGACUUCGUGCCUUUCGUGCAGCUGCGGCCGCUGAGCGCGCUUUCCGAGGCGGGGGAGUCGGUGCUGCUGCCGCGGGAAGGGCUGCUGCGCCGCGUGCGCUGCCUGCAACUCGGGACCCCGGCGGGCCCGGCGGCCGCCAUCCCCGGGCCCGCCUCGGCCUCGGGCCUUGCCACGGGCUCCGGCCGCGACUGCGUGCUGCUGCAGGAGGACUUUCUGGCGCACCGGGGCCGACCCCACGUCUAUCUGCAGCGCAUCCAGCUCAACAACCCCACCGAGCGCGUGGCCGCGCUGCAGACUGUGGGGCCCACUGCCGGCCGUCCCCGCGCCUUCACCAGCACCCUGGAGAUCGGGGACCAUCAGUUCCUCCUCUACUCCGGCCGGUCUCCGCCUCUUUCCACGGGCCUGGUGCACCUGGUGGUGGUGGCAGCCAAGAAGCUGGUGAACCGGCUCCAGGUGGCUCCCAAGACCCAGCUGGACGAGACAGUGCUGUGGGUGGUGCAUGUCUCCGGCCCAGUGAACCCCCAGGUGCUCAAAAGCAAAGCGGCCAAGGAGCUCAAGGCCCUCCAGGACUCUGCCCGGAAGGAAAUGCUGGAGCUCUUGGAGAUGCCGGCGGCUGAGCUGCUUCAGGACCACCAGCGCCUCUGGGCUCAGCUCUUCAGCCCAGGAGUGGAAAUGAAGAAGAUCACGGAUGCGCACACCCCGUCCGGCCUGACCGUGAACCUGACGCUGUACUACAUGCUUUCCUGCUCGCCAGCCCCGCUGCUCAGCCCCAACCUGAGCCACAGGGAGCGAGACCAGAUGGAGUCGACGCUCAACUACGAAGAUCACUGCUUCAGCGGCCACGCCACCAUGCACGCCGAGAACCUGUGGCCGGGCCGGCUGGCCUCUGUGCAGCAGAUCCUUCAGCUCUCCGACCUGUGGCGGCUGACCCUGCAGAAGCGCGGCUGCAAGGGGCUGGUGAGGGUGGGCGCACCAGGCAUCCUGCAGGGCAUGGUGCUCAGCUUCGGGGGGCUGCAGUUCACCGAGAACCACCUGCAGUUCCAGGCCGACCCCGACGUGCUGCACAACAGCUACGCGCUGCACGGCAUCCGCUACAAGAACGACCACAUCAACCUGGCCGUGCUGGCCGACGCCGAGGGCAAGCCGUACCUGCACGUGUCUGUGGAGUCACGCGGGCAGCCCACCAAGAUCUACGCCUGCGAGGCCGGCUGCCUGGACGAGCCCGUGGAGCUGACCUCGGCGCCCCAGGGCCACACCUUCGCGGUCAUGGUGACGCAGCCCAUCACGCCGCUGCUCUACAUCUCCACCGACCUCACGCACCUGCAGGACCUGCGGCACACGCUGCACCUCAAGGCCAUCCUGGCCCAUGACGAGCACAUGGCCCAGCAGGACCCGGGGCUGCCCUUCCUCUUCUGGUUCAGCGUGGCCUCGCUCAUCACCCUCUUCCACCUCUUCCUCUUCAAGCUGAUCUACAACGAGUACUGCGGGCCCGGGGCCAGGCCCUUCUUCAGGAGCAAGGAAGACCCCAGCGUCUGAGCGAAAGACCAUCCUGCUUUCAGCCACUGUUUGCACAAGACGCCCAGCACUGAAAGUCCUGCUGCUGCGAACCAGGGGGCCUUUGACAGCACCCACCCUUUUGUGCCUUGU